AUGAAAAGCAAAAAGGUGUUCAAGAGAGCAAGAAAGCUGGGUAUAAUAGAAGAAGCACAAACAGAAAGAAUAAUAGGGCAGAUUAUAGAGUUAAUUAUAUUUGGUAAUUCAGAAAGCUAUACUUUAGAAGGUGAUAUAUACUUUGAAGAAAAAAGAGUAGGAGAUUCAAAUAGAUCACAUAGAAAUCUGCAAUCAUUAAGCAAAUAG